AUGUCACAGGUCUAUAAAUCAGAGCUGAAGGAACAGCUUGUGGACUCCACGCUCGAGGAACGGCGUCUGCACGAAAACAAGACACGUCAGAAGUACUGGCUGAAGUGGGGACCGUACCUAAGUGAGAGAGCGUGGGCCACGGUACGUGAGGACUACUCGCACAGCGGAGACGCCUGGACAGACUUCCCGUUUGAGCAUGCGGCGUCGCGGGUGUUUCGGUGGGGGGAAGAUGGUAUUUUCGGCGUCUCAGACAAUCGACAGCUCAUCUGCACCAACCUCGCGAUGUGGAACGGCCACGAUAAGAUUCUGAAGGAGCGGAUGUUUGGUGUCACCGGGCCGCAGGGCAACCACGGAGAGGAUGUUAAAGAACUGUACUAUUACCUCGACAGUACGCCCACACAUUCGUACAUGAAGGCGCUGUACAAGUAUCCGUUUGCCAAGGCGUACCCGUACGAGGAGCUUGUGGCGAAGAACGGCGAGCGUGGAUACGGGGAUCGCGAGUUUGAGAUACACGAAAUCGACGGCCUCUUCACCAGCAAAGAGCACGGCGACACGCCCUAUUUUGACGUUGUUUUUGAGAUGGCCAAAGGUGACGACAACCCCAACGAUCUGAACUUUCGAAUCACCGCGUACAACAGAAGUCAGAAGCGUGCAGGCGAGCUGUACCUGAUGCCCCAGGUGUUUUUCCGAAACACCUGGGGCUGGUGUCGCAAGACAGCCUACAGGCCCAAACUUUCGAAAGGCGGUAACAACUACAUUGACUUGGAAUCAGACAAAUAUGGCCACAGAACUGCUGUUUUUGCUCCAUCGCCCGGCGGGUUUGGUAACGACGACACCGACCAGCCGGAUGUAGAACCGCAACUGCUUUUCACCGAAAACGAAUCGAAUCUGGAGAAGUUAUUUGAAAGUGGUCCCAACCCCGCCCCAUUUGCCAAAGAUGCCUUUCACGAGUAUGUGGUUGAGGGGAAAGAAGCGGCAGUCAACCCCAAGGACUUUGGUACAAAAAGUUGUGCCGUUUACCAUUUCCCCGAGGUCCCUCCUGGGGAGUAUGUUACAAUCAGAUACAAACUCACGGAUAUCGAGCUACCUGAAUACAACAAUGAAUUGGUUAUCGAUGAAGAAGAAUUUGAUGCGAUUUUCGAACGACGUGAAGAAGAAGCCGACAAUUUCUACUGGAAAAUCACUCCGCUGCACCUGAGCGACGAGUUGAGACGUGUCCAAAGACAGGCGUUUGCAGGUUUGAUGUGGUCGAAGCAAUUUUACCACUUCAUCCAAGACCAAUGGUAUAAUGGUGAUCCUAACGUGAAGCCCCGCCCCCCUCCUAACAGAGCCAAUGGUAGGAACAAGGAUUGGAAGCACAUGUAUACGGACGACAUUCUGUCGCUCCCCGAUAAGUGGGAGUAUCCAUUUUUUGCCUCAUGGGACACUGCUUUCCACUGUAUUCCAUUGGCUAUGGUUGAUCCUGAAUUCGCUAAAAGACAGCUUGAUCUGAUGACUAGGGAGUGGUACAUGCACCCCAACGGCCAAAUGCCCGCCUAUGAAUGGAACUUUAGUGACGUUAAUCCACCAGUGCAUGCCUGGGCCGUCUACCGAGUUUUCAAAAUUGAAAGAAACAUGUACAAGCGCGAAGAUCGCGUCUUUUUGGAAAGAGUAUUCCAGAAACUUCUCUUAAACUUUACGUGGUGGGUCAAUAGAAAAGACUCCAAUGGCCAAAACGUCUUUGAAGGCGGGUUUCUGGGUUUGGAUAACAUUGGUGUUUUCAACAGAUCGGAGCCUCUUCCUACGGGCGGCGUUCUAGAACAAGCAGAUUCUACGGGCUGGAUGGCCUUCUUUAGCUUGCAAAUGUUGAAUAUCGCAUUGGAAUUGGCAAAAGAAAACCCUGUGUAUGAAGAUAUUGCAUCCAAAUUUUUCGAGCAUUUCAUUUUGAUCAGUGACGCCAUGUCGUUCGAUUACACCAAGAAUCGCGAAGGUGACGAUUUUGAAGAAGAGGUGAAAGAAUCUUUGUGGAAUGAAACCGAUGAAUUUUAUUACGAUGCCAUAUCCUGGGGUGGUCCCUUCAAACAACAACUACCUAUAAGGUCACUGGUGGGGCUAAUUCCUCUUUAUGCUUGCAUGACCUUAGAGCCUCAAAUCCUGGACCGUUUUCCAAGCUUCAAGAAGAGGGUGGAAUGGUUCAUUAAUAAUAAGCCCGAAAUUUUUGGUAGAAACAUUGCGUCUAUGACCAAAAGAGGUAUCGGCGAGCGGCUGUUGCUGUCACUUGUCAACAAAGAAAGGCUGGAAGCUAUUUUGAGACGGAUGUUAGAUGAAAGCGAAUUCUUGUCCGACUAUGGUAUCAGGUCACUGUCAAAGUAUCACGAAGAACAUCCUUUUGAAAUGGAUGUCAAUGGUAACCAAUACACGGUGAAGUACUUGCCUGGUGAGUCUGAUUCCGGUAUGUUUGGCGGCAACUCGAAUUGGAGGGGUCCCAUUUGGUUCCCGGUAAAUUUCCUACUGAUUGAAGCGCUCCAAAGAUUCUUUUUGUAUUACGGACCUGAUUUCAAAGUGGAAUGUCCGGUAGGCUCGGGUGUCAUGUUGAAUUUGGCCGAAAUCGCCGAGGAACUCGAGCACAGAUUGAUUCACUUGUUUUUGCAAGAUGAGAAUGGCGCCCGUGCGGUUUACCAUGGCGAACAUUCCGGGAUGUUAUCCAAUGAUGAACAUUUCAAGGAAUUGAUUCCAUUUUUUGAAUAUUUUGAUGGUGAUACCGGCAGGGGGCUGGGUGCCUCUCACCAAUGUGGCUGGACCGCAUUGGUCGCAAAAUGGAUCCAUGAUGCUGGUGUCUCGUGUAUUCGCCUGCCCCGCAGUUCCCGAAACUCAGCCUCCGCCAGUGCAAGUGUUUCGUCGCGCACCACCUCUCCCAUCAGGCCGGGACUGGGUCGUGUGGCUAGAAGGAAGAGUGCCAAGUCUCUGGUUAAUUUAACUGGUACUUUGUUGGAUCUGACGGAGGAGGAAAAGCAGAUGCAUAGGGUGGCAACCAUACAGAGCCGUCACGGCUCCUAUUUAGCGUCAUCUGACGACUCUGAGAAAUUGCCACACCCUGUCAAAUCCCUGGAUAGAAGCACAGAUGAGACCGGAUCAAGAGCUCCAGACUCGCAUGACACUGAAGCUCUGGUUAUCGAUGACCUUAAAAAUAAAAUCUCGUCUCUUGAUGUAAAAGAUGAAGCAGAGGAGAGAACUGAUGGAAAUGAACUGUUGAAUUCUCCAACAUGA